AUGGACGCCUCCUCCCUCCGCAUCUCCAAGUUCGAUGGAACUAACUUCCACGCCUGGAAGUUCAAGAUGCAGAUGGUGCUGGAGGAACGGGACCUAUGGGAGGUCGUCAGCGGUGAGAUCAAGGCGGAACAGUGCGAGACUCAGUUGGACCAAGCGACGUACAAGAGGAAGUCAAGAAAGGCGAUGGCAGUGAUCUGUCUAGCCAUGGAAGAUUUCCAGCUACCGUUGGUCCGGUCGGCAAGUGGUGCAUGCGACGCAUGGUCAAGGUUGGAAGACCACUUCGAGAAGAAGAGUCUUGCCAACAAGCUGUUCUUGCGCCGUCGCUUCUUCACGACAAUGAUGGAAGAAGGCGACGAUGUGCUCGAACACAUCAACAAGCUCAAGACGCUGGCGGAACAGCUAGAAGCGGUGGGGGACUCCAGUCUGCGAGGACGAUCUGGUGAUCACACUCCUCGGCAGCCUGAGUGA